AUGACAAGAAGAAGCAGUGGUGGUAGAGCCAGUAGUAGUCCCAUCAGUGGAGUGCUGAACAGUUUAUUGGUACUCAAUAACAAGAAACCACGGCAAAGCAGUCAGACCGCUACUACGACAAGCAGUAGAAUGAUCACUGCCAAUCUACAAAGAAGCAAACGGACUCAGUUUGCCGCGUCCACAGACAACAGCAGCAACCAAGAUGACAGUCUCCAGAACUACAACAUCCAUCACAACGGCAGUGAAAGCAAAAGUGAGAAUCUACCCGAGGAAAGCAGCAACAAUAAGAGCACCACCAUUUCAGAUUCUCCGCUUCCUAUUGUAUCCAAUCCAACAACACUGAUCAGUGCCGUGGCCAAUACCAAGGCUAGCAUUUCCACCACAACCGCAACCAAGAACAAAUCCAACAACCACCACCACAAAGAUCAAAACAACAACAAUAACAAUAAACAACCCUACAAUAAGGAUGCCAAAAACUCGCAAGAAAUCAUCCGCACCAUUCACCUACGAAACUUUCACAGGCAUCUCGAACAAGUCAAGAAAUUGGAUCUUGCCACUAAUCAGCACAAGACUACAACUACUGUGCUAGACACUGCACGAAUCAUGGCGGCAUCGGGAGUCUACGCCGGUGUAGUGGCCCUCGUGGCAUCGUCCACACCCCCCUCUUCCACAUCGUCGUUGGUGUGGACCAUUUCCCAGCAAAUGGUAUUGCCACACGUAUCCGCCGCCAGAACCGCACUCAUUUGGAUGGUCCAAUCCCUCGCCACGCCGGCGCUGGUUGCCGUCACGUUGUCCUUGGCCGCGUCCUCGAUGCAACAAUCUUGGGAGAGUGCCCUCCAGAUGCAACAGCAACAACUCGUGCGGACGCAGGUAGUCCUGCAAAUCAAGGCAUUGGCGCGAGCGCUCUAUCAAGUACUCGAUGAGUGUAUUCAACGAAUACCAUCGCAACAACAACAGCAGCAACAACGCAGCAAUACUAAGAAUGACAAUUCCCGGUUUCCACGACCACAUCCCAUGCUCGUCAGUCGCAGUAAUAAUGGCAACGACACGACAAAGAAUAAGAGUGCCACCCUUCAAUCCUCGGCCAAACAAUGCGACGACAUUUUGGCGGCUGCCAAGUGCUUGGCAUUUAUUGGAUAUGCCGCCACUCACCACUCAGCGGCAGACGUGGUAUCCCAAACACUGUUUUCCGAAAAAGAUCAGGCCGACCCGAUUCGGUUUUCCAUUAACAAACUGGAUGCCACGUGGGAACGGAUACGACAAGUCACAACCCGGUUCCAAAAGACGUGCUGCCGAGAUUUGCCCACUCCUAGUCAUUGGGAAGAGCGCAUUUUUGCACUCGAAACCAAUGUCGGAAUAUUGCAACAACAACAACAACUCGCUACUAGCAGUAGCAGCAGUACAAGAUCGUGGCGAUCAUCCUUGCCCAUUUUGUGGAUGGCAAUGUAUCCCUGGGUCAUGAUGGCCCGAGCACCGGCUCUUGCCGUGGUUUGGUCGGCCAUGGUGUAUUCUACCGUGGUUAUCAAGUCGGGAGGAGGAGGCGGUAUUAGGAAACAAGAACACAACAAUAAUAGCCACGAAGAUGCAUCUGCGUGGGGACGACAAGUUUUGGAUGUAGUACAAGAGCAAAUGGCCAUGCCAGCAUCCACAGUUGCUACCACUACUGCACCAUCACCAAGCUCUACAGGUACAUCGAACACACUGGCAAAAACCGUGACCUCAUUGUCACGACGCAAUGAUGCCAUGGCCAAUGGCAAAAGCAGCAAGAAGCCAAUUGACAAAACCCCCUUUCUCAUCCGUAAUGGAACGUCGCCCAUCAUCACCAAGGCUGCUACUACUAGCGCUGCUGAAGAACAAGGCGAAGUCGACGACAAGGACAGCCUUUUGCAAAACAUCGUCACAGAUGACGACCAUGGCGUAAAACAAGAAGGCCCCACCAAAGAUCAAGACUAG